AUGGCGGAUGAGGACGAAAGCGGCCGGCAUAAGCAGCUCAUCAGGGAGGAGUUCGCGCGACGUUCGGAAGAGCUGGCCAGGAAGCAGGAGGAGCUGGAAGGUCUGAUGGAGCUUGGUGCUGAGACGGGCUUUACGCCUAGGGCGUCACUGGCACGCAACCCACCCGAGGCUUCGUUGCGCACCCUGCCGCCCCUCAGCGCCGGCCCCUCGUCUGCCCCGUCGUCCAAGCGGCCUCUUACGUCACCGGAAGAUGUCCAGGAUGCUGUCCACCGGCGGGUGCAGCUGUCGAGAACGGCAGGUGUCCCACCUAUUGGUGGGAUCCUCAACUCCCCGACGGUGGCCCCAAAGGCGGCAGCACCGCAGCCCACCGCAGUCCCAGCAGCGACAGUGGACCUCUCCGGACCACAACCAGUGUGGAGACCGGCAGAAGGCCAAACCGGACUUGCGGCUAUGGACAAGGUUCAACUACUGGAUGCGGUCCACACCGCCAUUAAAGGUAUUGCGGCGGUCGCUAACGUGACCAACAAAUUGAACAUGGCGCACAAGGCGGCCAUAUCUGGCCAUAGUCAGGACGUGCUGGCGGUGGUCUCAGCUCUUGAGCUUCGCCUGGCCGAGACGGAGCACCAGGUUACGGCUCUGAAGCUGAAGUGCACUAGUAUGGAGCUAGAGGCUGCUUCACCGAGGGUGACUGUGACUGCUUCUCAGCAAGCGCUCCCUGUCGCGGACUCGUACGCGUCGCGGCUGAAGUUACCGCGCGGUAAACCAGAAAUGGCCGUUCAACCGAAGGGCCCUGCGGUAAUCUUUUACCCAUCGGACGAGUCUAUUAAGUCGUCGGAAGUCACUAAAGCGGCAUUAAUAAAGGCGGUCCAACCCGGCCCUCAGGGCAUCCAGGUACAGAGCGUCCGAAAGGUGGGUAACUCCGGUGUAAUAGUCAGAACGGCAUCUGCUUCUGCAGCGGCAAAAUUAAAAGAGGCAGCCCCACCUACUUUGAAGGCUACUGACCCGAAGGUACGCAAGCCCCUGGUCGCCAUUAGGAACCUGAGGUGUGACCCAAAGUCGGAAGACCUAUUAGAGGACUUACACCGAAUCAACCUUGCGGACGAUCCCGCGUGGCCGAAAGAUCGGCUAUCCAAGGAAUGCCAAGUGGCAUUCAAAAAAGGCCGCCUCGACGGACCGAGGACCACGGUAGUCCUGGAAUGCACGUCUGCACUCCGGGACAAGCUUGUGGGCCUUGGUAGGGUCUACAUCGGCUGGGACGAGGCAGAGGUCUGCGACUUUGUUCGGGUCACCUGCUGCAUGAAGUGCCAGCAGUACGGACACCCGGAGAAGCAUUGCCGCGCGUCCGCGAUCACUUGCGCAAAGUGCGGAGAAACCGGGCACGGUAAGGCGGACUGUAAAUCCGAGGUGUCGUGCUGCACAACAUGCAAGCGCUUCCGCAGGAAGGACUCCACCGGUCACACGACCGCCGCCAUGGACUGCCCAGCGCGCCUUUUCGCGGAACAGCAGGCCAUCAACAUGACCCACUAUGGC